UCUACACCCAAUUUAUCUAACUGCAAAGCAACGGAAAACUUAUUUUGCUUACUACGUGAUUAACUAGAACAAAAUCAAAAAUAAUCCGUUUCUAAUUGUACUGCAGGAAGACUUAGUGUGCAAACAAUAUGUCAAAGCGGAGAUUUUAUGAAGAGAUUAAUUAUUUGAAAGGAAGGUGGUAGUUUUUAUUCAAUAGUGCAAACAAAACCCUAAAAAUUAUUUUCAAAAAUAUUAAUAUGUUGGGCAGAAAACAAAGCCUUAAAGGCGAGCCUGUGCUUGCCGACUAUGGCCCCGAAGAAUCAUUAAAUGAAAGUACCGAUAUAGAAUGGGUAAACAAGCUCUGGGUUAGAAGGAUAUUAAGGUUUUGUGCUCUUUUAAGUUUAAUGUCAGUCACUCUUAACACACCAAAAACAUUUGAGAAAUAUCCAUAUAUGCAGGUUGCAACAUUUGCUGUUGAUUGUUUUGUAACACUUUUAUUUACUGCUGAAAUGAUUGCUAAAAUGCAUAUUAGAGGCAUAUUAAAGGGUGAAGUCGCUUAUUUAAAAGAUCAUUGGUGCCAAUUUGAUGCUUCAAUGGUAUUUUUCCUUUGGGUGUCUGUUCUGCUCCAGAUGUUUGAAUUGACUACAAUUGUGCCAAGAUAUAGUUAUUUAAGUAUUUUACGGGCACCCAGACCUCUCAUCAUGAUUAGAUUUCUAAGAGUAUUUUUGAAAUUCUCCAUGCCAAAAUCCAGAAUAAACCAGAUUUUCAAGCGCUCAAGUCAACAGAUCUAUAAUGUCACAUUAUUUUUCCUAUUUUUUAUGUCUCUGUAUAGCUUAUUAGGUGUUCAGUUUUUUGGUGAACUAACACAUCACUGUGUAAGAAACGAUACUGAUCCAUACAAAGUAACAAUCAAUUCUUUAGCGAUUCCUGAUACAUUUUGUUCACCAGAACCUAAUUCAGGUUACCAAUGUCCAAAAGGAAUGAAAUGUAUGAAGUUAAAUCUAUCGAAGUACAUCAUGGGCUUUAAUGGAUUUGAAGAAUUUGCUACCAGCCUGUUUACCGUGUACCAGGCAUCGUCACAAGAAGGAUGGGUAUUCAUAAUGUACCGAGCGAUCGAUUCCCUGCCGACUUGGAGAUCUGCUUUAUACUUUAGUACGAUGAUAUUCUUCCUCGCUUGGCUGGUGAAGAACGUAUUCAUAGCAGUGAUAACAGAAACGUUUAAUGAGAUCAGGGUGCAGUUCCAACAGAUGUGGGGUGUACGCAACCCCAUAACCAAGAGCAGCACCACACAGUUCUUCACUGGAGACGAUAACGGCUGGAAACUGGUCACAAUUGAUGAAAAUAAACAUUCGGGCACCGCACCAGCCAUUUUACAUAAAAUGUUGAGAUCCGCUUAUUUCCGGCUGAUAGUGAUGGGCGUCGUGUUAGCAAAUGGCAUUAUUACCGCAACGAUGGACUUUAAGCACGACGAUAAUCCGCGGGAAUUUUUCUACGAGAAAUAUUACUAUAUCGAGAUUGCAUUUACAGUAUUCCUGGACUUGGAAGCGCUCGUCAAGAUUUGGUGCUUGGGCUGGAAAGGAUACUUCAAACAUUCCGUGCAUAAAUUUGAACUACUCCUUGCAAUUGGAACUACGAUUCACAUCAUACCCCAAUUUUACAUGUCUGGAUUCACCUACUUUCAAGUGCUGCGUAUCGUGAGGUUAAUUAAAGCAUCGCCAUUGCUGGAAGGGUUUGUGUACAAAAUUUUUGGACCUGGAAAAAAGUUGGGAAGCCUGAUAAUAUUCACAAUGUGCUUGUUAAUCAUAAGCUCCUCAAUAUCGAUGCAGCUGUUCUGUUUCUUGUGUGAGUUUACUAAGUUCGAAACGUUCCCUGAGGCAUUCAUGUCCAUGUUCCAAAUAUUGACCCAGGAGGCCUGGGUUGAAGUGAUGGACGAAACUAUGGUGCGGACCAGUCAGACCCUGACCCCCCUGGUUGCUAUAUACUUUAUCUUGUACCACCUCUUCGUCACAUUGAUUGUAUUAUCGCUGUUCGUAGCAGUAAUCCUCGAUAACUUGGAAUUGGAUGAAGACAUCAAGAAGUUGAAACAAUUACGAUAUAGACAACAAAGUGCUGAGAUCAAGGAAAGUUUGCCGUUUAGGCUGAGAAUAUUUGAGAAGUUCCCUGACAGUCCCCAGAUGACCAGGCUGCAUAAAGUUCCUGGAGAUUUUAAUUUGCCGAAAGUAAGAGAAUCAUUCAUGCGACAGUUCGUGUGUGAAGUGGAGGGGGAUGAAGAGUUUGGUAUGGCAGGGGGACCGAUCGGAAGAGGUGUUGCGGGAGACAUCUCCAGACGAGCAUUCGAGUACAUUGGCGUUGAUAAGAUUGCAUUUCCCUAUCGCAAACGCUGCUUAGUAAAGACCCUCGUUGUCGCACCACCUUCACAGCGACCUAGCUCUGCGCUACGAAGACACGUGGUCGCUUCUAUAAUCAAGUAGUCUGGUUAAUGUGUCUGAUUUUUUUUGCAUUUUUGUAAAGUGAUUCUAAUAAUCAUCGGCGCCUUGUUUUGGGUGACUCUGCUUUGCUGGCGGCAGGUGGAAAGUCAGGUCUGAAGUCCCAAGGAACUGUAUCUAGUGCUAAACAAUUACGAGUGGAUCAGAAG